GGUUUGUGCUGCUGACGAUGGAGACACGCCUGCAGUAACCCGAAAACGUCCGGAAGACUUUCCUACGUCCGUAUCAGACGGCGUAGCUUUCCUUAUUAUGGCACAAACAUUGAAUCCUUUUGGAGGAAUAACAAUGUCAUUUUUUACUCAUGCAUACAUUUUGUAAGUGAGUAUUUAACUGUUUUCUGUUUGUUGACGUUUUUUUUUUUUUUUGUUGUUUUUUUGGUGAACCUGCGACUUACCUGCUGUCGACAACAAACAGCCGUUUAGAACAGACAAUAGGGCUAUAUCCAAUCUCAAUUUUCCAAGAAGAUAGUAGCCUAAAUCUGCGAAAAGAAGCCUAACCCAAGGGCUUGGAAACGAGGAAAGAAAUCUGAGAAAGUUACAUUUUCUAUUGUCCGUUUCUGAAAGUUGUCUGACAUGGAUCCACUUGAUGCUGGAACGCGAUACAGCCCAAGAGCUCCGGCUGACAGCGACCUUGGAGAACAUUUCUUGCCCGCCUCUGACUCCAAAAAGCUGGAGAAGCACAGGAAACCGACUAAGAAGGAAGGCAUCGGCAUCGGUGUUGGCCUGUUGGUCAUGGCUGUGGCCUUGGCUCUCAUUACGGGACUGCUGGUCUGGCACUUCCACUUACGCAGGGCCGAGAAAAUCAAGAAGAAGUACAACGGUUCCCUGAAGAUCACAAACGUAACAUACCUAGAUGACUACGAGGACCCCAACACCUCAGCCUUCCAGGAACUUGCUGAUAAGGUGGUGCUACAGCUGAAGAGCUUCUACUCGAAAAAUCCACGGGUGUCUAAAUACUACAUGGGCUCCUCUGUGCUUGCCUUCAGUGACGACCUUGAUGAAAAUCAGGGGAACGUAGUAGCCUAUUACCGGUCAGAGUUUGAAGUAUCGCAGGGGCAGGAAUCAGUUGUGGAUGGUGACCUGACUAUCAAGGAGGAACCAGAGCAGUCAAAGUCUAGGGCAUUUGCGAGUCCAGAAGAAAACAUUCUGAAGUUUGAGAAUAUGGUGUCCGGAGUGGAGGAUUCGCGCUUGACCAAGACAUUCGAAAACCCACAGAAACACUCCCACCAUGCCCAGAGUGGCAAGAACAUAACCCUAGAAUCCCCCGGCUUCCCAGACUCCCCGUACCCCCCGAACACCUUCAUUGAGUGGGAGCUGCGGGCCGACCAUGGCUUCAGGGUCAUGCUGAGCUUCCUCAAGUUCAGCCUGGAGGAAGACUGCCGGAAGGACUUCAUCAAAGUAUACAACUCCCUGGCUCCCAUUGAGGAGAAGGCCUUGGCCGAGAAGUGUGGCUCCUACUAUCCCAACGAGCCGCUGACCUUCGUCUCCUCGAGGAAUGUCAUGCUGCUCAGGCUGCUCACCGACCAGGACAAGAACUUCCCAGGCUUCAGGGCCGUCUUCACCCAGAUCCCCAAGGACUUAGCAGCAUGUGGUGGUGAACUCACAGGACUCAAUGGUACCUUCCAAACUCCCAAUUAUCCUGGUUACUACCCCGCUUCUAUUAAGUGCGUCUGGAACAUCGAGGUUCCAGUGGAGAAAUAUGUGAAGGUCGAGUUCAAGACAUUCGACCUGUCUGAGCCAGGAGUGAGACGAAGAGAAUGUUUGAAGGACUAUGUGGAGCUCAACGAUCAAAAACUUUGUGGAUCAAAGCUCAAGACCAAGGUGAUAUCCAGCAAUUCCAACACCAUGAGGGUCUCCUUCCGCUCUGACAAGUCAUACGUGUAUCAGGGCUUCCUGGCUGAGUUCUAUGCCUUCGAGCCCUCCAACCCCUGUCCGGGAACGUUCAAGUGUUUCAACAACAAGUGCAUCAGCCCCCUCCUCGAGUGCGAUGGGUGGGAUGACUGCGAAGACAACAGCGAUGAGAAGCACUGCACUUGUAGCGAUUCUCAGAUCACUUGUAAGAACUCUCUGUGCAAGCCAAAGAUGUGGCAGUGCGAUGGUGUUGACGACUGCGGAGACAAUACAGACGAAGAGAACUGUGGACAAUGUAAGGAAGAGGAGUUCACCUGCCUGAACAACCACUGCGUCUCCAACAGGAAGAUGUGCAAUGGGAAGGAUGAUUGUGGGGAUGGUUCAGAUGAACUGGAUUGUGGAGGAGUUUCGAUCGUGCCCUGCACGUCGCUCACACACAGAUGCAAGAACGACAAGUGCAUCAACAAGCAGAACCCGGAGUGUGACGGCACGGAGGACUGUGAGGACGGCUCCGACGAGGACAACUGUGCGUGUGGCAAGAAGCCUUACAAGAGCUCACGAAUUGUGGGGGGCACGGACACCCGGGAGGGGGAGUGGCCUUGGCAGGUCAGCCUCCAUGUGGAGCCGAAGGGUCACGUGUGCGGCGCGUCCGUCAUCAGCAACCGCUGGCUCGUCACCGCCGCCCACUGUGUGCAGGACCGCGAUAUACGAUAUUCUUCCCCGGAUGUCUGGGACGUGUACCUGGGACUGCACAUUCAGCAGGUGAUCGGUACAGGUACAGUGAAGAGGAAACUCAAGCAGAUCAUUCCGCACCCUAAAUAUAACAAGGAAACUUUCGACAACGACAUCGCUCUGAUGGAGCUGGAGUCCGCCGUUCCCCUCAACAACAACAUCUGGCCCAUCUGCCUGCCCACCGCCUCGUACAAGUUCCCCAUCGGGAGCAGUGUGUGGAUCACAGGCUGGGGCGCAACCCGAGAGGCCGGCUUCCUUGCGCAUGUGCUCCAGAAGGCCGAGGUUCGCAUCAUUAACAGCACGGUGUGUGGAAAGCUCAUGAGCGACCCCAUCACCCCACAGAUGCUGUGCGCAGGCGUGCUCAGCGGGGGGGUGGAUGCCUGCCAGGGAGACUCAGGGGGCCCCCUGUCUUACCUGGCCAACAAUACGCGCUACUACCUGGCGGGCGUGGUGAGCUGGGGGGAUGGGUGUGCCCACCGGAACAAGGCCGGGGUCUACACGCGCGUCACCAGAUUCCGCCGCUGGAUCAAGGAGCUGACGGGGGUGUAGGAGCAGGAGGUGGGGGAGCAGACAACGGAUCGGGUGGAACCGCCCAGGGACAAAGGAACCAGUUUCGGGAGAAAGCACCGUGCCUGGAGGGGAAGGAGCCUGGCAUUCACACGGUCUGGGACACACCCGUUCUCAGCACGUUCGUGUGUACAGAGAGCUGCUCUGGUUACCUGCGUGUGAGUGCGAGGCAACACGACCUCACUUUUUUUGCUUCUAUUUUUUUGCCUGGUUUAUAUUUCCUUGUCUUCUUUUUUAUCUUUUUUUUUUUGAUACAGUGGGACAGGAAAUGUAUGUCUUUGAUUCCAUGGGCUCAGUCCAAUCACUUAUUUUUGACCUCCAAUCUCCUAGUUUUUUUUUUUUAUGACCCAGAAAUUGUCCGCCAUUUUAAAGGAAACUUGAGCAAGAAAACAUGAGCACAUCCUUUGCGCAAUUCUUUUCGGCAUGCAUGACAUAUAAAUAGUCGACCUGUGGAUCCACUUCUCCCCAUCUGCCACGUGUAUGCCACAUCUGUAAAUGACGUGGCUUCGAACUGACGAUUGAAGGAGCAAGGACUUUCCAUUUACCUAUGGGUGGAGCUCGGAGCAAGGAAAAGAACAAGGAAAGGAAUAAGGAGGUGAAAAAUAAGUGAUUGGAAAGAGCCCCAUGGUUGCAGCAUGAAUGCAAGGAUCCUUGCACCAAAACACAGGUACUCAAUUUUACUUGAUGUGGGGAUGCUGAGAUUUGAAAUCCAGCCUUUCAGCCAGAAAAGUAUCUGUAAUGACCUGUAAAGGACCUCAUGUCCCAUCAGUCCUUGGGCCAAAAAAAAAAGUAUGGUCUGUGGUAUUCUUCAGUGACAAUCCUAGCUAACUUACUUUGUGCAUUAUUCUUUUUACAAUCAAUAAUGUAUUUUUUUACCAUUUAUUUAGUUCUAUAUUUUUAUUGUUCUUGAUUUUUCUGUGCUCUAGUACUAGAUUAAUAGCUAUGACCGUAAAUAUAUUUUUGUGUUAUUCUAAGCACUUGGCUGGGAUUGAUAUGUGGAUUAUUGAAUUAAUACCUUUUAAAAAGAAUGGGAUCUCUUUGCCUUUGGACCAGCUACAGUAUGAUUACUUUGUAUUGUAAUGUGUUACAUUUUUAGUUUUAUAAUUAAAUUAGCAUAUUUGAAAAAUAGUGUUGUACCACUGAAACCCAUUUUCUUGAGUGUGAAUAGAUUAUUUCCCAUGCACCAGCACACUAUGGGUAAGGAAGUGAUUAAACAAUGCAAUCCCUUGUAAAGCAUAUGUGAAUAAAGGGACAGGUUAUUGAAUGUAAUGGGUGCUGAGGCAUUAAACUCAGGCAACUGUAACUUAUUUUAUAUUGAGUGAUAAAAAUGUGUGUGUCGUAUUUUGUAAAACUUUUAAUAGGUAUUAUGGUGCAAAAUAAUAUUAAUAUUUUAAAUGCUUAAUCUAAUUAGGCCAUUAGAAAUAGUUAUGAAACACAAUCAACACGAUUUGAGACGUAUAUACAUAUAUAGUCUUUUUAUUGCUCUCAUUGCUUUUGUUUAUGAAUUGCCAAGACAAUCUGUUACUGAUAAUGAGAGAAUGGUUAACCCAGAAGACUUUCACUUCAAAAGAACUUGUGCUUUUAUGUAGCUUCAUGGAUUCACCUAUGUUUCUGUUUGAACUCACAUGAAGAUUGUGCCGGUUAUGUCGACUUUGUCUCUAUUUUGACUCUUGUCACUUAAAACCAUACCACAUGAUUCUUGUUUCACUAUACAUUACUAUAAAUCACUGCCCUCUUGUGUCAAACAAUGUUAUAUCAUUGGAAAGUUCCCCUGCCCUUGGUUUUAGGUUAUCUUUAUGUUGGUAAUUUUGUAUUGUGGGUUACUCAGUGGCUCAAAAAUUCCAUGGACACACAUUUAUGUAUAUAUUUUGGUGUUUUGUAUUUUCUUCUCAGUGAAAUGUAUAAAUUGUGUGUAUAUCUGCAUUCAAUAUUACACUGCUGUGAGUAGUCUAUGUUACGGGUAAGAAAAAGGGCUGUUGCAUAAUCAUUUUGUAACCAAAAUUGUAAUAUUCUCAAUUCUGAUGUGUGACUAUAUUGUAAUCACCUUUGUUUUCCACUUGUUGGUCAGCUGUGACAAUAUUGUGCGUGUGUGUGUGUGUGUGUGUGUGUGUGUGUGUGUGUGUGUGUGUCGCAAUCCUUUGUGAAACUCCUGCAAAUUACAAAUUGAAUUUGCGUGUGCACAUUAGAGAGAGAAUGUGUGUGUGUGUUUGUUUGCCUAAUUUACUGUGGUAGUGGUAGUGUGUGAGUGUGCAUGUGUGUAUGUGAGUGUGUGUGUGUGUUUGUGUGUAUGCGAGUGUGUGUUCUCCCUCUCAGUGAGAGCGGGUUUGGCAUUCCCACAAUGUGCCUUAUUUCAGAGGGAUCUGCAGGUGGGCCUCGCCCGGUGUCCUGUGUGACCCUCUGUCACUCUUGUGUUUGGAUGCUGAAUAAAGACAUUUCUCGGA